GUUCUGCAUAUCUCUAAAUAUCACCAUGUUGAUAUGCUGUGCCAGUGCCAGUACAGGGACUGCAGCUUACAGAUGAACUUCGCAGACAUACCAGGACAUUGGCGACACUACCAUCGUGUGGCUGAGCUUCAGUGCGGGUACUGUCGUACGAGUGAGUCAGUCCACCGCGUGAUGUAUACACAUUUGGCUAUUUCUCAUCAGAACCAACCACCAGACGUGUACGUUAGGUUGAGGUCGGGCACUCCGAAUCCUAUGGGACCAGGUUUCUUCGGCUACACCAACGAGGCAUUUAAGAUAUUGCGGCGCAGAAAAACAAUGCCCAAUCUGUACCCUGAACUGAUGAAGCCAUCUGAGCAAUUGAAAAAUAAUCAGCCAACAGCGAAUUCAAUCAAACUGGACCAAUCGUUGUUUGAACCUAAGUUACAGAUUUUCCCAAAAAGUGCCACGAGAAAUUUCUCAAAGCUCUCCAGCGGAGCAGGAAAUUUCUUUGUUAUGCCGAAGAUGUCCAGUAGUACAGUUAAAGAAGCAACACAAGCAGUCGCUCCUUGUCCAACUGCAGUAGUUUCACCACCAUUCAUUCAGUUAGUCCAAAUGACUUCGGUUGCGGCCACGAAUGUUAUAUCUGUCGGUCAACCGACGUUCACUUCGGUACUAUCAAAAGCCGGUACUGCUACCAGUGCCAGUACCGCUUCUACACCAGGAAUCGUCAAAGUUAUUUCAGCUAAUCUUUCGCCUGUCAUGGAAGCAACUGGCUCGAAACUACCUGCUAUUGCUCCGAAGCUCCAAGCAGUCACGUCUACAGCAGGGAGUGCCAAUUCACUGCAGUCAGCUUCAACCCAGGUUGGAACUGUCUUUGUCACACCAGUAGUCACCGCUUCAGGAACCAGUCUGAUCAGUCCUCAAGUCAUGGUUUCUUCCUUCCCGAGUAUUUCUGAUUCUGUCAGCUCGUCUGCUCAAAGCAGUUUGAGCAGUAGAACAACAGAAGAAGACGAAGAUGGAGGGGUUGCUCCAUUAGAGCAAGUUAUAUUAGGUACAACAGCAGAUGACACUAGUGGUGAUGCCAGUGCUCUAAGCGAAGAUGCCGCGGACCCUCUGUCAGUGAGCGUGGACCCUUUGGCCUCCGCCGGAGAUCCUUUGAAUACCUCUGCUGAUCCUUUGGAUAUUAAUGAGACAAGCGAGUCUGCGAUAGUACGGGACGGCUUCAGCUCGGAUGAUGAAGCGGAUGCAUCAUCUACGUCCAAAGAUAUGGCGAAUGAGAAAGAAGUUACAGGAUUGUUAGGUUACCAGCUAUAUCGCUGUGCGUUUUGUGACUUCUCCGCAUCGAACCAAGAUAGUUUCCGUAAUCACCAGAUCAGCUCGACAGAUUGCCGCGCGGUGACAGAGAUUGACAGCCCGUUCAUGGCGCAACUGCGACUGUUUGAAUGCGUUCAUUGCGGCAAACGGCUACGUACCGCCUCCAAGCUGACGGAGCACAUUAACGAUCACGGGAACCUGAAGUAUACAUGCGCUCUGUGUGACGAAAAGUCGGCGACGGUGCACAAAGCUAAGAUGCACAUGAAGAGCAGGCACAACGUCGCACAGACUCUGCUCAGUCAGGUACAAUUCGACAAAGAUGGCGUCUACGUUUUGAAACCAAAGCUGUUGAGUGCUAUCCCAUUGAUAGAGCAGCCAUCAGAUGCAUCAACUUUUACUCCCCAAAAAGAGGAAAUAACGUUCCUGCCUCAAGAUAUAGAUGUCAUUCCACAUCGUAGUAUAUUUAGCACAGAAGUGAGAUGUGGCGUGUGCUCGUAUAGUACCAAAGUACGCACCAACUUGUUGCGUCACUUGCAGUUCCACCAGCAAGAGAAAGAAGUUCCUACUACGGCACCGGUCAAUCCAGUGCCGUGUCUUGAGAAAAACGAGAAGAUGUUUGAUAAGAUGGUGAAUCUUGCUGGUAGUUCUCACGCAAAUAGUAGCAGGAUGGGCGGUGCUUCAGGAAAGUCAUCAGAGGUCAAAGCCGAAGAAGCUGUUCCUGAAUUCGUACCGUCUCAUCACCGAUACGCCUGCUGUGCAGAUGCUUGCAACUACAUCUGCCCGGAAGAAGGUAACCUCCGACACCAUAUAGAUGCGCUUCAUGCUGACGAAGCGGCGCUGAAAUGCCGCUGUACACACUGUGGAGUCGACCUCGGUGCAGGGGCUGACGCAGACGCCAUCCUCAGGCAUCUCAAAUUGCACGGCAGGCAAUUGUACAGGUGUUCCAGAUGUGACUUUGUACACAACCAACGGCAUAAGGUGGAAAGGCAUGUGGCAGAUGUGCACGCGGGCGAAAUUACGGCUAAAGUUGUUGUCGUUAGAAACAUGGAAUCUGAACCCGUCGACAGCGACACCAGCCAACCAUCUACAUCCAGCGCUGGUGCCGGAACCGCGACAUCGUCGAAACCGUCAAAACCGUGGCGACCCUGGCGUUGUUGUUUCUGCAAAUACCGCUGCCAAAACGAGGAUUCAAUGCGGCAGCACUGCAUGGAGAAGCACGAUGUGGACUGUCAGUACAAGUGCGCGUUGUGCUCUUUCAAAACGAACGACAAAUCAGCCUUUCAACAGCAUUUCGCAGCCGACCAUGACAACCGGCCUAUUGAUACUGUAUGUGUUUACGUAUACUUGGAAGAUCAGCCUAAGGAACAGGAGCAGAAUCCUGAGUUUGACACGACGCCUUUGUGGCAGCGGGACAGGCCAAGGGUAAGACAUAUCCGCGGAAUUCUUUUCGACGAAUCAUCACCUCCAUCGUCCAAGAGUAAAAAGGGAUCGAAAACCUCUUCGGCACCCGUAACGCCAGAUACCAGUCAACCAGGUCCCAGCACUUCGCGUUGUUCUACGCCUCUAUCUAAGGGCUUAACUACGCCUAGUAAGACGUCAAAAUCACCAACAAAACCAUGCAAAUCUAUCAGCAGGCAACAAUCUUUGACCGAGCAGGAAACGACUAGGACUAAUUUGGAUUCUUCGAUUGAUGCAGUUGUUGCUGCAGCGUCUGCAAAAAGUACUAGUGAUGCUUCUAGCAGACUCUCGGACAAGGUGACCGACAUUAUAGAAAAAUGCACGAAUGAGAUUGCUAAAGAAAGAGAUGAUGAAACAAAGUUCGUUCUCGCAAAAAUAUCAGAGGAGCAGAAAGAUACCGGUGUUAUCGUGAUUCAUGACGAGGACUAUGAACCGACUGAGAAGACCGAUGCUCCAGCAUCAACGUUCAUUUCGAUCAAAAAUGAAGAGGACUUGAUCGAUUCGAAUUUUGUCGCGCGGAGACCGAUCAAGAGAAGAGCUUCCCAAUCGCUUGCAACUGAUUCUUCGAAGAUGUCUAAAUCGGACGUUAUAGAUUUAGUAAGCUGUGAAGACGACGACUAUUCCGACAAGAGUCUUAAAGAAACCUUCGGAGAGUUCGGAUUACCCCUCCACAAGCAGCUCAAAUGUCCAGUAUGUGGCAAGUUCAAAUCCAAGAGGAUAUCAGACUUUAUCUUCCACAUGUAUAAGGAGAAAAAGAUUUAUCGGUUCAAGUGUUUGGUAUGUGGCGAUGAAAGCAUCACCUAUCGUUACAUGUACAAGCACGUAUUGGAGCACACAAAGAGCAUUGAAGGAGUAGACGAGAAGAUAUCGCCACUACCGUCAAAUCCAAGAAUGGAAGCGUGGCUACAGUUGCUCAUUAAUUAUCAGACCUCCAUCAUUUGCAAAUACUUGCAGCAAGUGCAGUGUGCGCAGAGUAUGCUUCACAAGAUCGCUAAGUGUCAAACGUGUGAGAAAUGGUUUAAAUCGGAAGCAGAGCGGAAUGAACAUACCAUGUUCCAUUGGAGCUUGUUGCCGUAUAAGUGUGAUAUGUGUCAGUACUCAUCUUACAGCAAAAACUACGUGGAGAAACAUUUAGAGACGGUUCAUAGAAGUUCAUCUGAUAACGUGAUCCGAUGUGCACCGACUAUCAGCCUGGACCUACAGUACAAUGAUGGUUUGCACAUGGAUGAAGUAAAGGCGAACGAAAAGUCUCAUGUGAUCGUCUUGGAUUCACCUAAACCACUUCUCAAGACAGAGAGCCGUGAUGUUCUUCCAAAGGACACUGCUCCGAAAGACCUGGAUCUCAAUUCUGUCUCUACCGAGACAGUUGACAAAUGGAUUCAGCAGCUACAAGAAGUGGUCCAAAGUAAAGGGGCGGAAAAUACUAGUGCUUCUGAAAGUACCCAAUUUGGAGUUCAAAACCGGGAGGAAGAACAACCAAAAGAAGUUUCGGUGAUCAGAAACAAUAGUCAAAUGGAGCUGAUUAUUGAUCCGGACAAAUUUAAGGCUAUUCUUUUUGGUGUUGCAGGCUCUCUUUGACACCGCGCCAAUUGGUGAAUCCGACCUCACCGAUCCGUUGGAGAUAGACGAACCUGCUCCGACCCCCGCUGACCUGAUGGCUGUUAGCAAAACGUCAGAAGCGGUAGUACCUAUCAUCGGUGACGCGUACUGUUGCGAGACAUGCGUGUUCAUGUCGGAUUCGGAAACGGUCACCGAACAGCACAUCCGAGACGUGCACUUUGGUCACGGCAAGCUUAAGGUUUUGAACACGUUGAAAUGCGAAGAGAACAGCAACGAUUACGUGGCGUGCCAGUGGUGCGACGAAGCGGGCGACGAGAUACGGAUCAGGAAGCAUUUCAUGCAAGCACAUCCAGGAAGGAAGUUUAAUAUUUAUAGAUUCAGUUGUGCGUACUGUCCUCGCAAGUUCCUUCAAAUGGCCGGCCUAAAGAUGCACAGUCAGCGAGUCCACAUGCAGUACCCGAUACGUUACGAAUCUGUAAAGGAGAAGCUGGUUGGUUGGGACUUCAACCUUUCUGCUGCCACGAAACGUUUACGACACGUCACAUACCCUAAGCAGACGAAACGGUACCAGUGUCCGAUGUGCAGUUAUUGCCGGGUAUGCGGACCGGAGUUCCUGAACAAUGUGCGGUCUCACCUACGCACGCAUUUCAAGCUGUUCAAGUGCGUUAUGUGUGACGAAAUUUUCUCGAGACGAGCGGAAGCCAGUGAACACCAACGUAAGUUUCAUCCGCAAAUGCCCGAAAGCAUAAAGACAGAAGUAAGCGAGGCCAUGCACGAGGUAUGGCAGAGCGUGGUGAGCACGGCGGAAGUGGUGGACAUCUCUCUACCGGCAACGACGACGUCCAGUCCGGCUCCCGCAGACGCGGGCCUCCAGGAGGAAGACUCUUCAUCGGCCUCGUCGAGCACGUUCGGUCGGAACGUUGCCAAAAAGUCCACAUCGACGCCGCACCAGCGGUCAGAAGCCGAAGUGGAACCGCCUGCUGUGGAGAUGGAUCCGUACAGUUAUUAUGGCACGGAGGAGGAGCCGUUGUUCUUACACAAUAUCAAGACCAAAGUUGAACUUAACGGAGUUUAUAUGGACAUUUCCGCUGAUAAACUUGCUCGUAUAUUUGACCUUGGCGCUUGCGUUCUUGUGGAGGAUUGUAAACACUUGUUACCAGCCGAUCAGAUCUCUUGACCAUCACAUCACGAGGAAUUGGAGAUGCUCGACUUUAAUUUAGAUGAGCUGAGUGCGGAAAGUUUUGAUCUGGAAAAGAUCAUACCUUCUAUGGACGACUUAUUUAGCGAUGAUGAUAUUGCAGGUUCGAACUACUUGGGGUAGGAGCAUUUUUUCAAUUUUCUUGUCUUUUUUGUUUGGUUGAUCGACGCCAUAUCGGACAGCUUUAAAUGGUUUCGAAGUAAGAACCUUGUACUUUACCAAAAAUUUAGAUAAAUGACUUAAGUUUAAAUUUAUAUAUUUAGGAAUUUUCCAGAUACUUCAGAUAGCAUUAGCUUUAAUACCGUAAGGACGGUGUUGGUAUGUUGACUGUUGCUUGAAGAAAUCACGGAAUUAUAGUUGCGUUACGAAUAAAAAUAUAAGGUUUUCAUGAUGCCUUCGCUAAGUAACACCUAGAAAAAGUAAAAUGAAUAUGAAUUUCCAAGUAUAAAAAAAACAUACUUUUAUUUUUAUACUUGUGUUUUUUCUAGACAACAUUUUACCAACACUGUCAUGAGACACUUCCUAUUAUUUGCUAAAGUUUACUUUUCUGAAAUACUGAUUUGUAUUCGUCUUGCAACAGCAUCUCUAAUAUAAUUUUCAUAGCUACCUCAAAUAAAUAAAGCAGAUAUCCACAGUGGUGUGUAUGUUUUUUGAUAAAACAAAACAACUGCAUACACUAAGCUGUUAAGAAUAAAUAUAUUUUUGUUGUAGAAUAUUAAUACGUGUUAAAUAUAGAGUAACUUUGUAUCUCGACAUUUUUUUCACUUACUUUAUCCGUAUCAAUAAUGUUAACAUUUGGUGAGUUGAAUACCAGCUUUUUUGAUACAUGUUAGUUUUUACGAAUAUUUCCAUUGAGCUGUGAGUAUGUAAAUAUUGUAAUUAUAUAGGUUAUGCAGGAAGUGCUUAAAUUAAAAGCGCCAACCCAGUUACUGUAUAUAAUUUUUAUGGAGAUAAUCCCUUUUCCCUUUUCGGUGGAAAUGUAAAUAAAUAUUUUUUUCUAA